AAGGCUACCUAUAGCUCAGCCCUUCAACAGACACAGCCUCAGAGCCCAGCAGCAGCCUUGAGCACUGGAACAGAAACCCCAGGAGUGGUAGACUGACAUCUGGUUGACACCGAGCUUGGAAGCUUUGUACCGAGAACACGGCCAUGUCUCACGGGUUUACUAAGGAGCAGGUGGCUGAGUUACACCAAGCUUUCGAUAGGGUUGACAAGAAUAAGGAUGGCCGUAUCAACGUCCAGGAACUUGGAGACGUAAUGAAGCAGAUGGGUAAGAACAUCCCAGAGAAGGACCUGAAAGCUCUCAUCUCCAGGAUAGACACAGAUGGCGAUGGCACCAUUAGCUUUGAAGAAUUCUUGACCGCCAUGGAGAAGUAUAAGAAAGGGAGCAAGGAGGAGCUGCAGGCUGUGUUCCGGGUCUUUGACCAGAAUGGUGAUGGGUACAUCACGAUGGACGAACUCAAGCAAGGCUUGUCCCAGAUGGGUGAGACGCUGUCCGAGGAGGAGCUGAAUGACAUGAUCCGUGUGGCUGAUGCAGACCAAGAUGGGAAGGUGAACUAUGAGGAGUUUCUGAGAGUCUUCCUCGAGAAGUGAGAAGUGAGACUGCUGGAUGCAAGCCCCGCCUCCUCAGCUGCCUGACUCUGACAGGCACUCGUGCCUUCUAGCGGGGCUCUGCUUUUGUGGUGGGGUUAAAAAAGAAGUCUGUGUUGGUGUGUGGGAAACUACCUCAUGGAUGAGGAUGACGUUAUUAGAUCUGGAUGCUGGGACAUCCGGAGCUGCUCACUAAGUCUCCUCUCUGCCUGCUGAGACGCUGGUCAAAGGACGGUUUCUUUGGGUUGGUCUUUCCUCUCCCUCUUGCUGUGGAAUGGGUGCUUCCUACCUCCCAGGGCUCUUAUAAUGGUUUAAAUAAAAAGAAUGCAAAUUCUG